UAGAGAAGAAAAAGGAGGCAGAGAGAGGAGAGAUACUGGUUAGAGUCGAAGGAGUUUAUCGGAGCCAUCAUCCUUGGAAAACUUAAGGGAUGGAGUAUUGACAAAUGGACUCUUGGGAACUGGGUCCAAGGAGCCUGGUCCUGUGCUCAGACAUGAGGUAAUUGGAAAAGGGUCAUCCUGCCCUCACUGAACUCACAAUCUGUUGAGCAAAGGAGAUUAUGCACAGAGAGUAAUGCUAAGUAUGACAAAUUUCAGGGCAGAAAGAGAUCAAGGUGGGUGGAAAUGGUUAGAACAGUCUUCUGGAAGCCAUGAGCAUCGAGAGAGCAGGUCUCAGAAGUGGACGCUGCUGAGACGGCCCCCGUCCUGCGUAGGUCCUGCUGGGGUGUGCUGUGUGGGGUCUGCUCCCAUGGCUGACGCUGCGGAUCUGGGUUCCAGGCUCAGGAUGCUGUUGCUACGAGCUGUUCUACUGCUACUAGUCCUGCCCACUCACGGCCAGGACUCCGAGACAGAAGGGCCUGGAGCCGUGGUUCCCCUGCCAAAGGGGGCCUGCACAGGUUGGAUGGCAGGCAUCCCGGGGCAUCCCGGCCACAAUGGGACCCCAGGCCGGGAUGGCAGAGAUGGCACUCCUGGCGAAAAGGGUGAGAAAGGAGAUCCAGGUCUUGUUGGCCCUAAGGGUGACACUGGUGAAACUGGAGUAACUGGGAUUGAAGGUCCCCGAGGCUUUCCAGGAGUCCCAGGCAGGAAAGGAGAACCUGGAGAAAGUGCCUAUGUAUACCGCUCAGCAUUUAGUGUGGGAUUGGAGAGCCGGGUCACUGUCCCCAAUGUCCCCAUUCGCUUUACCAAAAUCUUCUACAAUCAGCAAAACCACUAUGAUGUCACCACUGGAAAAUUCUACUGCAACAUUCCUGGGCUGUACUACUUUGCCUACCACAUCACAGUCUACUUGAAGGAUGUCAAGGUCAGCCUCUACAAAAGAGACAAGGCAAUGCUCUUCACCUAUGACCAGUACCAGGAGAAGAAUUUGGACCAGGCCUCUGGCUCUGUGCUCCUCCAUCUGGAAACAGGAGAUGAAGUCUGGCUCCAGGUGUAUGGGGAUGGGGACUUUAAUGGGCUCUACGCGGAUAACGUCAAUGACUCCACCUUCACAGGCUUUCUUCUCUACCACGACACCAUUUGA